AACACGCAACGAAAUUCUUUCUUCUUUUCUUAAAUUUAAUUUAAGUUUCUUGUUAACAUUUAUUAUAUGUGUCUAUUUAUUUUUCAAUUAACGAAAUCGCAUAUACAUUGUUACGAAAAAAUACGUGAAAGUCGAUAAAAAUCUAAACGAGAACAGACGGGCAACUGCGAAAGCGUGGAAAAUUUGCGAAAGUUUCUUAUAAUUUAGUUGCUUAUAUUUGUUAGCCGCUUUAAUUAGUGCGUAAAGAUUUCGUUAAAUUUAUUGCAUGCGGCUAUAGAUACGACCUUAUUAAAUUGGCUUGUAUCUUUUAAAUAAAACAAAAAAGUGUAAUAUUGUGUCUAAUAAGUCCAUUAAGCAAGCAUUAAUAAUUGUGGCUUUUGAGUUUUUGUGAGGCGUCUAAUAAGUGUACGUGUACACCUAUUAAUAUUAAGUUCUAUCCACGUUAAAUUUUACAUAUUCAACGACAAUAGAAAUACCAAGCGAAGAAAAAAAUACAAAUUGUGUAAUUUAUAUGCAAAUGGCUAACGAAACGACAAAAAAGUGCGUGUGAUUGUAUGCGCUAAUGCUGCUCCAAACGGGCAGAAACGUUAUACCUUAGUUGGUGACUGAGUGCGAGAGCGCAACAAGUCCAAUUGUGGGUUGAAUGUGCCUAGUAGCCUAACGUGAAAGGCGACCGAUAGCAAACGAAAAACGUCAACUGCGUUACAGUGUGUAAAAGCAACGCGACAAUAAACAAACUCCAGCUGCGACUGUGACUGCGCGUUUGACGCAGCGAAGUAACGUAGAGCAAAGUGCCCGUGCAAAGCAAUACUAAUUAGUAGAUGAUAAUGCCGCUGAAAUUUUUGAAAAAGUAUCGUCAAUAUAACGUGACAUCGAAGAGCUUGUUUGUCAUCUCAGUGCAUCAUUUAUUAGAAACAUCCACAACCGUUGAUUGUACAAUUAGUUCGGAAAGCAAAGGACAAGAGUGUUUAGACAAUGUCUGUCAGCGAUUAAAUCUACAAAAACCCGAAUUUUUCGGUCUACGCUAUGUGGUGAAGGGUAAAGAGGACGAAUUGAAAUGGGUUGAUUUGGAACGGUCCUUGAGCAGACAGCUGGAAAAAUAUGCAGCGAGUACGAAAAUAUAUUUACGCGUGCGCCAUUAUGUCGACCCAUUGCGCAGUGAUGACUUGACACGUUGCUAUUAUUUUCUGCAAUUGAAAAGUGAUAUUUAUGAGGGUAAAAUUAUUUGCGAUAUACGCACUGCCAUACUGUUAGCGCUCUACUGCCGACAAGCCGAAUACGAUAGUCAUCAAAAUGACAAACAGACAAAGGAUAAUCUGAAGAAGUCACUGGUGUUGCCGAAGAAUUUACAAGGUCUCGCCAACGAUGACAAUCUGCUCGACAGUCUCAUUAUAGAAGUGUUGCAGCAGAAUGCCGGCAUUCAGCAUCUGCAGCAAUCCAAGGCUGAAGAAAUGUACAUACAAUGUUGCCAGCAAUUGGAUGGCUAUGGUGAGGAGCGCUUCCCCGCAAAAGACACACUGGGUAACGAUCUGUUGCUUGGUCUAGCUAUUAACGGCAUGGUUGUGAUGGCCGACAAUGGGCGCCAAUAUUUCCCCUGGAAAGAGUCACAAACGGUGUCGAUCGACAAACGUACCAUUAAAAUCGAACAAAACAAAACGGAUGGCUCGAUUGUGGGCUCAUUCAUAUUUCCAGAUGCCGAAACUGCGCGUUACUUUUGGAAAUUGUGCGUAACACAGCAUAAAUUCUUUAAACGCUACAUAGACGAGGAAUCAGCGUCGUCUGUGGGUGAUGCGGAGAGCGCGAAUGGCAAUUCGAUGAGCGUAACUGGUGGUGGUGGCGUGUUAGCGGGCGGUAUGGAUGCUUACGCUUAUGGUGACUUUAAUGAUUCACGUGAAGAUUUGCUGCUUGAGCAACAACAACGUGCCAUUUACAAUCCCAAUGCGAUAACGAGUGGUGGCGGUGGCGGCGGUGUUGGUGCGCUGUCAGCGGUUAAUCCAGAAUUCAUGUCAGCGCCGGCUUUACAUCAUGGUUUGCUCGCCUCCACACAUGCGUCCAAUGCGUUAAUGUCAUCGAAUAUAUCGCUAGCGGCCAGUCAUCAGUCUGGCGGCGGCGGUGGCGGUCCGAAUGGCGCUAUGCAUUCACAUAGUGUGGGUGCUAUAGCGCCGAGUUGGCUGGCAAAGGAAUAUGGCCAUGAAUACGCUUCGACGCAGCAUUUAUCGAAUAGCAUGUUGGAUACACGCUUGCAGCAAAGCAGCUCCUGUUUGGAUCUAAGCAAUAAUAACGCCAAUAAUAUCGGCGGCGGCGCCGCUUUCCACAGUAGCAGUAAUAAUAUUGUACACGGACAUUUGAGUGGCAGCGUAACGAACAACGGCAGCAAUGUCGCACUGCACGGCGUGGACGCGCACGAGCGUGAGCGGCUGAAAGCCAUGUUGCCCACAUAUCGCCCAGCACCCGACUAUGAAACUGCAGUACAGCUGAAGUAUCACACACCUGCCAGCGAAUUGCAUCAUCCGCAAAUGAACAGUUACGCCAACUAUCAACCGCAAUUGGCGUCAAGCGCCUCUGCCGUCGCUAUGGCUGGGACGCCGGCCGCUAGUGGCGCCAUCUAUUACGCCGGCUCACAGCCUGAUGUACACAAUGCGGCCGCAAUUUACGGUGAUGGUGUGCUACUAAGUCAAUUAGCGCCGCACCGCUACCCUGACGUAGCGCAACCCGCAGCCGCUAUGCAUGCGCAGCAUCAUCAUCUAACAGCGGCGGGCGUUACAAUGGCGCCAGGCGGUCAUAGUAAUAGUGUGAGUGGUGGUGGCGCUUAUAUUGAUUUGGGACAUCGCUUGCAAAUGGUGCGCAGCAAACCGCCGCCACCGUAUCCGGUUAACCGUUUGAAUUCUUCGUCCACCCCCGACUUGGCGGUCGCAUCACAUCGACCGCUCAUGGGUUAUCGUUCAUAUGUGUCGGGUUCAUCGCCGGAUCUGGUGUCAAAUCGUAAUUUACCCAAUCCACAGUAUCCGUAUGUGCACAGCAGUAGCGUCGGCGCAGCACAAGCUGUUGGAAGCGUGGCUGCUACCAACCAUGCCUUGAUACAACCGCAUUCCUCGUACAUGGGCGCCGGGCAUAUCGGUCAUUCACAGCCAUAUUUGCCGCAUGGCACUUUCGAAAACUUAAAUAUGAUUGAAGAACAACCAUCUAUACUGUCGCAGCUGCGGCAGGACUAUCUCUUUUUGCCACCCAGCUAUGCAGAACAAAACACAGCUACCAGCAACAGCAACAAUAUUUACCGGCAGACAUCACCAUCAGUGCAGGCGCAGCAUCAAGCGCCACUGCCACAGGUGCCGCAGUCACAAACACAUCAACAACAGCAGUUGCAAGUGAACGCCUCCAAUGCUUCGUUGCAACGCAACACUUUAAACGGUUCUAUCGAACCGAUUUAUGAGAAUGUGCCACAUGCACGCUAUGUAGCUGCAGAGCCAGUAGUGCAGCGGAAUAUGGAGCAACGCUCGUCGGGCUCUUCGGCAACCAGCGAAGCGAUGCGUAAUCGCACAGCUUCAAUACAAUCGGCGCCGGGUGGAACGCAUACGCAGCCACAGCUGCAGGCGCAGCAACAAAUACCACCAGUGCCUGCAGUGCGACAUCAUCAUCAUCACCAGCACCAACAACAGCAGCAGCAGCAACAACAACAACAAGCGCUUCAACAACAGCAACAAGCGCUUCUGCAGCAGCAGCAGGCGCAGGCGCACGCGCAAGCACAAGCACAGCAGCAACAAGCCGAAGCGGAAGCAGCUGCCGCGGCUGCACUCAACAUGCAUAAAUAUGCUGAGCGCGCCGCUAGCACUGAACUGCAAUUCUUAGAGCCAACGCCACCGCAACGUGCUGUGCGUGCCGCCUCCGCAGCACCGGCCAUAGGUCAUAAUAGCGGCAGCAAUCAUCAACAACAAUCAAUGAUGCAAACACCGCCGCCUAGGCAACAUCAUCAUGCGCAUAAGACACAGCAGUUAAUGCAGAACGCCGCGUCCGGCUCCCCUUCCGUCGCAGAUGCUACAGCUGCAACGUCGCCCAAUAAUGUGGGCGCACGCGCUCAUACAACUUCGUCACUGCACGACGACACCACAGACUCAAUGCUGCAUGCAGCGCAGCAACAAUUUAGUGCCAUGAACAUCUCUUCGAUAUCAUCUAAUGUCUCGGUUUCGGCCGCCGCCACCAUGCAGCACUCUGCGUCGCAUCAUCAACAUCAUCAUCAUCGCUCACACAACUCAUCGCUACUCGACAGCACUGCCAACUCUAGCAACACAACACAAAGCUCGAACACAACGAAUUCGUCAAACACCACCGGCAAGGAGGGUAAACGUAAGAAAAUUUGGAAUAUUUUGGGCCGCAGCAAAACGCCGGACAAACAGAAAUCCGCCACGCUCGGACGGGAGAAGGCGUCGUCAUCGAAUGCGGCAAAGACAGCGGCGAAAGUUAAACUCGCACAGGACGAUCUGAAUUUGAUGCAUCGCUGGUCGACCGGUGUGUCGCGGCUACAACCCAUUUCCGGACAGUACUCAAAGGACAAAUUGUGCCCAAUACUCACUGAGAAGCUGAAUGAUCCGCAACUGUUCAUGGAAUUUGAAAGUAUACCGAAGCGUUGCGAAAAUGCCAGCUAUGACUGGGCGCUGAUGGAAGAAAACGCGAAGAAAAAUUCCGAUCCUAACUUUUUGCCAUACGAUUAUAAUCGUGUUAGCAUAACGCCGACGUGGGAGAAUAAAACGGGCUAUGUUAAUGCGUCGCGCAUUUCGGCCACAGUUGGCACAAAUCAACGCUUCUACAUAAUUGCUCAAUCACCACAGGACAAGCUGACCACAAAUAUUUUCUGGCAGUGUGUCUGGGAGGCAGACGUCUAUUUGAUUGUAAAGCUAUCGGAGGGUCUGAAUUACAUGCCACCGAAUAGCAACCAGCGGCUCGAGUUUGAUCAAUUCCAAGUGUAUCAGGAAUUCUCACAAACCACAGAUCGUUGCAUUACCAGCAAGCUGCGUCUCUUUCACAUACCAUCGCGUCGCUAUCGCUCCGUUUGGCAUUUGAACUACACUAAUUGGGGUGAACAGAAUUGUCCAUUAGAGGUGAAUCACUUUUUGGACUUUCUCGAAGAACUGAAUUCCGUGCGCAUGGCUUCGGCAAACGAAGUGCCACCGGGACAUAACACCAAUCCGCCAGUGUUGAUACAUUGUCUGGAGGGUGGUGGACGCUCGGGCGUAACGUUGACCGCUGAUUUGUUACUCUACACGCUGGAUCAUAAUGAGGAUUUGGAUAUACCACGCGUUAUAGGUCAACUACGUGAUCAGCGCGAUAGCAUAAUACCGUCCUUAGCGCAGUAUAAAUUUAUUUAUAGUCUACUCAUAACAUAUUUAAAGCGUACGCGUUUAAUUUGAGCGCCAAAAUGUGCCUUAUAAAAACAAAAGAAAAACAAGCCCUCCAAAUCCCAAACUCCUCACUCCCCACACUUGUGGCCAUUAUUAAGAAAUUUAAGCAAUUCUAAAUUGCAUUAGUUUUAAAACAGCGCGCUAACGAAAUAAUAUGCGUAUCGCAGUUUUUUUAAUUUUAAUUUACAGUUAGCUUAAGUGACGAUAUUUAUAUUUAUACAAAACAAAAUGAGUAAGCAAAAAAGAGAAACGAAACAAAAACAAUAAUAAUUUAGAACACAAUGUAAACGAACAAUUAAAAAUAUGCGAUAAACUAUUGAUUAAGCAACAUUGUAUACAAUAUAUUUUUUUUAUAACCUACAUACAUGAUAUAUGGUGCUUCCAUCGAAAAAGUGACUGACCGAUAAAUACACUGUAGACCCCUAAACACAUAAAUAAUCUGUUGAUAAGACACUAUACACCCUAAAACACGUAAAAAUUUGUUGAUAACGAAGCUUUGUUGAAAAUAUUGAAAACCAAUUAUUAGGCCAAAUACUUUUGAAAAUGCGAAAAAGUGGAAAAAAAUUAUAGUACAAUGAAACUCAUUGAAAAGCAAGAUAAAAUAUAAUAACAAAAAUUAUAGGAAAUAAUUACUGCGAUGAAAGCCAUUGAACAAGCAAGAUAAAAUAUCAAAAAUGAGAAAAAAAAUUACGAAUGAUCUGUGGUCCGGAAGUGGAAGAUUAGUUCUCCGUGGUUGAAUUUUUAAGGUUUAAAACGUUUAAUGUCGAUUUCGAACAAAACUAUGAGUCCUUUAGAAAAAGUUAUAUGGCAAAGUUGUAGUAAACCUAGAGAUUUACGACUUUUGUAUUAACACCUUUCUCACAUAACCUCAAAAUUUAUUUUUUUCCAUUGGAAAAGCAAAAUAAAAUACCAAAAAAAAA